AUGACUCUAGCCACAGCAGAGGGGGCUUGGAUGGGCCCUGGUUGUUGGCUUGGAGUGAAGGAUGAGGAGGCAGCAUCAGAGCAGAGCAAGUCUGUGGAAGUGUCACAUCUUCAUAAUACUUCCAAGGCAGGUUCAUCAGUCCAGAUGGCUCAUCCUUGUAAUAUAUGUGGCCCUAUCUUGAAAGAUGUUUUGUGCCUGCAUGAACACCAGGAAACACACUAUGGACUGAAACCUUACACAUGUGAGGCAUGCGGGAGAUGGUUCUCAUUUGGUACAAACUUCCUUCAGCACCAGAAGCAGUACAAUGUAGAGAGAUCCUUAAGGAGAGACAAAGGCAAGACCUCAUUUGUAAAGAACUGCAGAGUUUGUGAAGAACCUCAUCUGUCAGAGAAAUCAUAUACAUGUGAGGAAGAACAGAAAAACUUCCAGGCCUGUUUGGGAAGUCACCAGCAAAAGGCAACCCACAGCAAGAGGAAGACAAGUGGCAAUGAGGGUGGGGAGGCCUUUCACAUUGGACAGAUGCCUUAUAGCUGCAGCGAAUGUGGGAAAGCCUUCAGCUGUAAAGACACACUUGUUCAGCACCAGAGAAUCCACACUGGAGAAAAGCCUUACAAGUGUAGUGAGUGUGGGAAAUCCUUUAGCCGCAAAGACAACCUUACAGAGCACAAAAGAAUUCACACUGGGGAAAUGCCUUAUAAGUGUGGUGAAUGUGGAAAAUAUUUUAGCCAUCGUUCCAAUCUGAUUGUGCACCAGAGAGUUCACAAUGGAGCAAGGCCUUAUAAGUGCAAUGAUUGUGGGAAAGUCUUCAGACACAAAUCUACACUUGUUCAGCAUGAGAGCAUCCAUACUGGAGAAAAUCUGUAUGUUUGCAGUGAUUGUGGAAAAUCCUUUGGCCACAAGUACACCCUCAUUAAACACCAGAGAAUUCACACUGAGACAAGGCCGUUUGAGUGCAUUGAAUGUGGGAAAUUUUUUAGUCGAAGCUCUGACUUUAUUUCACACCAGAGAGUGCACACUGGUGAAAGGCCUUUUGUGUGCAGCAAAUGCGGGAAAGAUUUCAUAAGAACCUCCCAUCUUGUUUGGCACCAAAAUGUUCAUACUGGAGAAAGGUCAUAUGAGUGCAAUGAAUGUGGGAAAUCUUAUAGCUUAAGCUCCCACCUCAUUCAGCACCAGAAAGUUCACACUGCAGGAAGGCUUUAGGAAUGCUGUCAACAGAACAGCACUCAUUUGGAAAGGGGCUCUGUGAUUUCUCUUUGAGAGGAAGACUUUAGUCAGAUGUUGAUCUUCAUAUAUCUGAACAUUAACAUUGGGGAGAUACUAUAUAACUGAUGGGUACAAGGAAAGUUUUCAGAGGCUAUAUUGCACUUUCAGACCCGCUCAGGCUCCUUGCCAGAUUUCUGAGUGUCAGUGUCUGGUGGAAAACAUUUCAGCUCUAUCAACUAAGUUGUCCUGAUAUCCUCAGAGAAGGCAGAACUUUGUUACUGUCUCCAAUCUCUGGGGGAAUUAGAAUAAACCUGAGUUAAGUGAGG